AUGAGACCAAUACGAAUAUACAGACUGUCAAGCAAGAGAGUCAAACAUAGCCGGGAUACUCACUCACGAAUAAGCACUCAUUUCAGGAAUUUUCAUCACAGCACUAAUCUACCAUCCAUCAAAUGGAUACCUCCCAACACCAUCCCGGACGAAAACGACAUCAACCAUUUCCGGCAGCAUUACUUCCAGGUUGAGAAACCAGUCGUAAUUCGUGCGGCUAAAUUUGUGCGUGAAGAUUUACCAGGGUAUAAGAAAUGGUUUACCGCCGGGGGAAAGGAAGACGAUAAUAGCCACCUUCAAUUGAAUUAUAAAUAUCUAUCCCGAUUUGGGGAUGCAGUUGUUCCGCUUGAGAUGACUACUACAACAUCGUCUUCGAACGGAGAGGAUAAUGGAGAAGUUCAAUUCCAACGCAUAAACGCGCCAUUGUCAAUGUUUCUAGAAUGGAUGCAAUUAAGCGCCCAACACGAAACUCCAGCAGCAGCGACCAAAACACAAAUCUACCUCGCUCAAGCUUACAUAUCCGACCUCCCAAAUCUACUUUCCCAAGACUUCUCCCCACCUCCGCGGCUAGUUACAGAAACAGGUCGAAACGAUAUAUACGCCGCAAACCUCUGGAUAGGUGCUUCACCGACAUAUACACCAUUACAUCGAGACCCUAAUCCGAAUUUAUUUGUGCAUUUAGCUGGAUUGAAGCGCGCGCGGAUGCUGAAUCCGGGGGAUGGGAGGGGUGUUUUCGUCGAUGUGAGGAGCCGAGUGGAGAAUGAACAUAGGCUUGAGAGUAGUGGGAGUUCGUCAAUUAGAGGAGAGGAGAUGAUGAUGGGGGUUGAGAGGAGAUUGCUUGAGGAUAUUAUCUGGCAGCAGCAUUCUAAAGAGUCUUCGACUCAGUCGGAUGGCAACGGAAUGGUUGGAUAUGAUGUUCUGCUCGAACGAGGGGAUGCACUGUUUAUCCCUAAAGGGUGGUGGCAUAGUCUCAAGGGUGUGGGGAAGGGGAAUACAGCUUCGGUUAAUUGGUGGUUUAGGUGA